ACCAGAAUCAGCUGACGGCGCCAGUGUCUCGCUGCUACGGUGAAGUUGUGGUAGUUUCUGUUCUCACAGUGAAUUAUGUUCGAGGUUUCUGCUCCAUCGUGUCGCACACACAAUGUGUCAGACGUGUUGGAUUGAAGUGAACUCCUCGGGGCUGAUCUCACACGUUUCCUGCUCAUUUCAGAAAGUCGUGUGUGUCAAACAUGGGGUGGGAAAGUUUCUCUGUCCUGGUUUUCCUUCUUCACUUCACCCAGACGUCAGGAGCUUCCUAUGUGAUCACAGCUGAUGUGAGGAGAGCAGCAGGAGAUCUCAAACACUUCUGGACGAGCACUGGAUUCUGCCCUCCUCUUCCUCACACCCAGGCCGACCACUUUGACCUGAGUGUCGACCAGCAGCUGAACCUGGCCUAUGUGGGCUCCGUUCCCCACGGAGGGAUCCAGCAGGUCAGGAUACACUGGAUGUUGGAGCUGGUCACUGCACAAGAUAUCGGAGGACGACCUCAGUACAACUUCACUAAACUGGACCAGCUCAUAGAUCUCUUGUGGAUGAAUGGACUCCGACCAGGGUUUGAGCUAAUGGGCAGCGUCUCGAACUACUUCACUGACUUUGAGGAAAAAUCCCAAGUAGUCGAGUGGAAGAAUCUGGUUUAUCUCAUAGCCAAGAGGUACAUCGACCGGUAUGGCCUGGGAAGUGUUUCUCACUGGAACUUUGAAACGUGGAAUGAGCCAAACAACCAUGACUUUGAUAAUGUCACCGUGUCCAUUCAAGGGUUCCUAAACUACUAUGAUGCCUGUUCGGAGGGUCUGCGUGCUGCCAGCCCCCUUCUGAAGUUCGGGGGUCCCGGGGACUCCUGUCAUUCCCCCCCACACUCUCCGUACUGCUGGGCCAUGGUGCAGCACUGCUACGAUGGCACCAACUACUUCACUGGAGAGACUGGAGUCAGGCUAGACUUCAUCGCCCUGCACAAGAAGGGAGGAGGCUAUUCGUUGCCCAUCCUCCAGCAGGAGAUCCAGACAAUGGGGGAGAUCCAGGAGCGUUUCCCCCGGUUCCGCAGCCUCCCUGUGUAUAAUGAUGAGGCUGAUCCUCUGGUGGGCUGGUCCAGGCCUCAGGGGUGGAGGGCUGAUGUGACCUACGCUGCCAUGGUGGUGAAGGUGAUAAACCAGCACCAGGAUCUGCUGCUGUCAGACCCUAACAGCACCAUCAACUACACCCUGCUGAGCAACGACAACGCUUUCCUCAGCUACCACCCGCACCCCUUCACCCAGCGCACGCUGACGGCACGAUUCCAGGUCAACAACACCCAGCCGCCUCACGUCCAGCUCAUCAGGAAGCCUGUCCUCACUGUCAUGGGCCUGCUGGCUUUACUAGGAGAGACCCAGGUCUUGGCUCAGGUUCUGAACGCAGCAGGAACCAGCAACAGCACAGUGGGAGUUCUCGCCAGCAGCCACGAGCCUGUGAUGCCAGGCGGCUCAGACAGCUGGCAGGCGGCAGCGCUGGUCUACAACAGUGACGACAACCGCACCUCCACCGACACUGAUGAUGUCACCGUGUCACUGACAGGACUGGCAGCACAAAAGGGUCUUGCGUAUGUCACAUAUUACAUCGACAACAACAUGACCAACCCGUACCAGCUGUGGCAGAGCAUGGGCAGCCCCGACUAUCCCACAGCAGAACAGUUCAGACGGCUCAGGGGGCUGGAGGACCCUCAUGUUGAUGGACCCUGGGAGAUUCCUGCAGGCGACACUCUGACUCUAAAAGCCAAACUGUCCGUGCCCUCCGUUCUCCUCAUCCACGUUUGUGCUCGGCCCAAAGCUCCGCCCGACCAGGUUAAUGGAUUACGCUUCAUCAGAAUCACCAAAGGCCAAGUUCUGAUCAUCUGGUCUGAUCACUGUGUUGAUUCCAAAUGCAUCAAGACUUUUGAAGUUGAAUUCUCUUCAGACAACAAGAACUUCAGCAGGAUUAAUACACAGGACACCAUCUUUACUUCAUACGUCUUUUCACCAGUGGACCUAGAAGUCAGCGGCCUGUACCGAGUGCGAGCUGUGGACUACUGGGGACGGCCUGGGUCGUAUUCACUGCCAGAGAAGUAUUCAGAGGAGCUUUAGACCACGGUGAUGUGACACCUUGAUAAAUGCAGGGUUUAAAUCAGAUUUUACUGUUGAUACUUUCUAUACAGUGUCACUUGUUUCAUCAGUGGUAUAAAAUGAAAAAUAGAUAAUAAAAUGUCAGUAGACAAUGAGAUGAGUAAUCUGAUCACACUGUUACAUAAACUGUUCCCAUCAGAACAACAAAGGUAAUAGAUGCAUUCAUGAUCUGUUCUUAUCUGUAUUUUUUAUAUAAAUUCUAUUUUGUAUACUUGAAAUGUCAAAGAUUUUUAUAUGUUAUAUGUAGAUAAUUAAAAGUUGGAUUAUCAUUGUCA